UGUUGAGUGCCAAUUUGAGUGAUGUAAGGAUUGUGUGAAUCCAUGGCAUGGGUGGAAUAGGCAAGACCACUAUAGCCAAGGUCAUCUACAACCAACUCUCCCAACAUUUUCAAUCCUGUUGCUUCCUUUCAUAUGUUAGAGAAACAGCAGAACGACAUGGUCUUGUUCAUUUGCAAAAGCAACUUAAUUAGUACUGGGGAUGAAGGAAUCAAAGAUAGAUUUUUUGGGAAUAAAAUUCUUCUUGUCGUUGAUGAUGCUGAUCACAACAAUCAUCUUCAAGCACUUUCACUUGUCGGAAAGUGUGAUUGGUUUGGCUCAGGAAGUAGGAUAAUUGUCACAACUAGAAAUAAAGGAAUUCUAAAUCUGGCUGGGAUAGAUUGGACUUGUGAACCAAAGGCAUUGGAUUCUAUUCAAUCUCUUCGACUUUUCAGCAGGCAUGUUUUUAGAAGGGACCAUCCCCUAGAAGACUAUGAGAGUCUCUCUAGGGAUGUUGUUUCCACUACCGGAGGGUUGCCUUUGGCUCUUGAGAUUAUUGGUUCUCUUUUAUCUGGCAAGGGAAAAGCAGUGUGGAAUGAGACAUUGAAUAAGUUGAAGAGAAUACUGGAUGGAGAAGUGCAGAAAAAGCUGAGAAUUAGUUACGAAGCAUUAGAAUAUGAACAACAACAGAUAUUUCUUGAUAUUGCAUGUCUUUUCAUUGGAGUGGAUAAAAGAAUUGCUUUCCACAUGUGGGAUGCCUGCGAAUUUUAUCCGGAAAAUGGGAUUGAAGUUCUUCGUCUCAUGUCCUUAGUGAAAAUUGGAGAUAGCAAUGAGCUAAGGAUGCAUGAUCAGCUUAGAGACCCUUGGCAGGGAUAUUGUCCGUCAAGAAAAUUUCAAGGAGCCGGGGGAGCGUAGUAGGGUGUGGUUGCAUGAUGAAGCCUUCGACAUAUUGGAGACUCAUACAGGAACAAAAAAGGUUGAAGCUAUCUGUAUUAACUUUGAAUCAGAGUCGCCGGCAUGUUCUCUUACAAGUGAAGAAUUUGCAAACCUAUCUAAUCUAAAGUUCCUUCAAAUGGACUUUACAAAGCUGGAUGGAGAUUUUAAAGGUCGUCUUUUAAAGUUAAGAUGGCUUCGCUGGAACGGAUGCCUUCGAAUUUUUAGACCAACCAAUUUUCAUCUAAAGAAUCUGGUCAUUCUUGAUUUAUCACGGAGCGAGGUCACAGAAGCCUGGGAGAUUUGGAAUUAUAUCAAGAUUGCAAGAAAGUUGAAAGUUAUAAAUCUCACAGGUUGCAAAUCCAUAGUUCGAACUCCUGACUUCUCUGCACAUGUAACUUUAGAAAGAUUGAUUCUUCGCGGGUGUUCAAAGUUAAAAGAGAUUCAAGGGCUUGGAAGAUUAGAACUCCUAAUGGAUUUGGAUUUAUCUGAGUGUGAAUCACUAGUUAGGCGGUUACCCAAUAUUUCCAGCGCCUACGAGAAGUUUAAGGUAUCAUGUAGUUUGGAAUGAAAAUAUCUGAAUGAAAUUGGGCGCCUUGAUGGAUUGGAAUCCUAUGAAUGUAUGUAUUCCUUUGGGUGCUAUUCCUUGGAAAGAUUGUCUGACUUAUUGAAAUCCUUGAGGAAGCUGGACUUGUCAUGUUGCAUAGCCUUGGAGAGACCUGAUCUGUUGGGACUUACAAAUUUAGAGGAAUAGCACCUUUGCAGGUGUAAAAAAAUUUAAGGAGAUUAGGGGACUUGAGGAACUGAAACUCUUUCUGGACUUGUCAUGGUGCAAGGCGUUGGAGAGGUACCUGAUAUGUCGAGACUAACAAAUUUAGAAUUCUUGGACAUUCAUGCAUGCAAUUCACUAAGAAAAUUACCAGACA